GUCAGGGUCCUUACAGUUAAUAAAUCUUGACAUCGGCUCAACUCAUAAAAGAGGUUAUUGUUAUUAUUUAUAUAUAGGUUAGACAAAUGGACUUUGUUGUACCAAAAGAAAAGGAACAAGAAGCAAAGAAUUCAAUGCGUAAAUUAAGAAUAUAUUGUAAUCAUCCAAUCAGUGGAGAAUUAAUCGAAUCAGUAAUUGAAAUCAAUAAGGAUGAAUUACUUCCCAAAAUACUGGAUAUUACUUAUGAGUCUAUGAAAUUGGCUCCACACAUUCCUAUUGAGAGAUGCCGUUUAGUCAGAUAUUAUUAUUACUAUGAAGCAAUGGAUGAGUCAUUUGAUCUUGAAAAGUUUCAGGAUCAAACUAUUGAUAAACUGAUGGGUAUGUCUGUAGAUAAUUGUUAUUGUUCUGGAAUAUUUUUGCAAACUCGAAAAGAAAAUGAAAACUUCAAGGUAUACAAUAUUGGAGGUAUUAAUUUGAAGGUAUCAGUAAUUGAGCCCUCUAAUGGUGAAGUAUCUGCAGCUAAACCAAUGAGAGCAGAGCAUGGUUGGACUGUUGGAGAAUUAAAACAAUGUAUAGGAAAACUAUUUGAUAUUGAUCCUUCAUGCAUGAGGCUAGUACUGGAGACUUAUUACGAUGCAGAUGAUGAAUUACUUAAUGAGUUUUAUCUUUCCUUCCUUGCUGGUAAUUAUUAUGGUAUGCAUUUGGCAAAUGAUGCAGCAUACUUAAGAGAAGUGAUGUCAAGAAGACACAAAUUAUAUGCAUUGUCAGACUUUGAAGAUUAUCAAAGAGAGUACAAUAAAAGUCUAAUGCACAGAUAUGUUACAUUUCAUUUACAAUCAGUAAUGCUACACAUUUCAAUGCCUUCUCAACCUGAAAGAAGAGGAGGAAAAGAGGAAGUAAGAAGAAGGGAUAUUGCCAUACCAAACACAGGUGGCAGUGGAGAAAUGAUGAUGAAGAUUGUUUCAGUAAAUGAAGGCAGAGAAAGAAAGAUACAGAUAAAAGCUGAUAAUAGAAUAUCAUUUGCUCAAUUAAAGGAAAAGCUUGUUCCAAUGGUUGGUGUACCAGCUAAAGGUUUUAGAUUGUUUCAAACUAAAGAUAAUCAGCCAGAACAAGAAAUUCUGUGUCUAUCCGACACAUUAGCCAAAUUGUCUUGUGAUUCAAAAAUUGUAGUAAAGUUGGGUAAAGGGUUACAGGAUUACAGGAUUAAGCUCUUUCUAUUACUUGUUAAUAAUGAAGAGUUUUGUAAGUUUAUGAUGGAGUCAAUUGUGUCCAAAAAUACACCAGUUCGAGAAUUUAAGAAACAAAUUAUUGAAGAGGCAGAAAUACAAGGAAUUGAUUGUGUCUUAGAAUUAGACAAAAUGAGAUUGCGUAAAAAGACAUCCAGAUCACUUGGUCAAAUAUAUCUUGAUCAUCAGUUAAUAUAUAAAGAUGUCCAUGUGUCUAACGGCAGUGAAAUGUAUGUCGAACUAUUAAAAGAGCCAGAUUUAAAGAAGCAUGAAGCUCAGAGGCAGGUUUAUGUUAUAAGAUGGCAUCCAUCACAAUGCUCAGUUGAUCAAACAGAUGAAAUCAUUUUGGAUAAUAAGCAGCAUUUGAGUCUUAAGGAAAAGCUUUCAGAAUUAAGUGGGAUUCCUGUUGAGUAUAUUUCUGUUGCAAAGGAUACAGGGUCUUUUCCAUCACAAAUAGCUCACACUGACAUUGAGAAAAAGUUGAAAUGGUAUUCAGAUAUCACAAUAUCCGGGCAAAUACCAUUCUUACUGUAUGAUGAUGGACACACUAUAUACUACAAAGAUAACAGAGAGAGCUAACAGAUGAAGAGAAAAUGAAAACACAAGAAGCAGAGAAAACAAGGGCAGUGAAAAUUGACUUCAUUUUAUAAACCAUACACGUAUAAAUUAUGUACAACAGAUAGAUAGCACAGUAGAUUUUUAGUAUGAAUAUUUUUUAUGACAUUAGUAAAUUAUGAUUAUAAUAGACAAAAAUGUAAA